AAGUACCUGUUGAUUGGUUGGUAAUCACAUUGCCCUUAACCUUGAGUGUAACCUAGAUUAUUGUUUUGUGUAGUUACAGUCAUAUUUUGAGGUUUUUAUAGUAGAACAUGCCGAUCGCAGUGAAAGAUUAUACCUGGGAAGAAACAGAAAGUAACGUCAAUAUUGUAGUACCUCUGAAAGGAGUUAAGUCACACAAAGUUGAUAUAUUUUCGACGGAGGAGUAUCUUAAGGUUAGCUAUCCACCAUAUUUCUUUGAAGUGCUGUUAUUUGCUCCAGUAGAGGACACAAAGAGUUCAGCACAGGUUGGCAAUGGAGCUGUUGUUUUCAACCUUACAAAAAAAGAACCAGUGUUGUGGUCUCAGCUGCAGUCACCAGAUUUUAACAAUAAAGAAUUCAUGAGGCAGAAACGAGAAGAUGUCAUCAAGAAAGCCCAUGAAAGAGCAGAACAAGAUGCUAAAGACAAAGCUGACAAGAAAAGAGAAGCUGAUAGGUUUUCUAUUAAAGAACAAAUGAGGGUUGAUGAUGAGGAAAGAAAAAGGAUUGAAAAUGCCAAAGAAGAAGAGAGGAGAAAAGCUACAGAGGAAUUAGAGCAGUGGAAGGCACAACAGAAGGCUCUUGCUGAGGAGGAAAAAAUAAGAUUACUGGAGGAAAACAGGCUGAGAGAAGAAGAAUUUCAAAGGGUCAAAUCAUUAGAAGAUGAAAAUUCAAAGCAAGAACAAAUAAAGAAGCAACAGAAAAAGAAAGAGAAAAAGAAAAAUAUAUUUGAAAGUGAGGCAAAAGGAUCUGAAGUAAGAAAACCUGGCCAUAUCUCUGUCUCCUUCACAGAGCGGGUCUUCCCAACUGCAGCCAGGGAGUCCCAGGCUGAGCAAGAAGAUGAGUGGUUAAGAAAGCAGGCAGAAACAAGAAGAAUAGCAGAAAUGUUUGACAAAGAUUUGACAGAAGAGGAAAAAAAUCCACAGUGGCUCAGGGAUAAAGGAAGUUCAUUCUUCAAGGCAGGGAACUAUCAUGCAGCCAUCAAUGCCUUCAGUCAUGGAAUUAAACUAGACAGCAAGAUGCCCUCACUAUACUCCAACAGAGCUGCUUGUCACCUCAAGUUAGGAAAUUUGAUCAAGUGUGCAGAAGAUUGCACAAAGGCUCUAGAGCUGCUGACCCCUCCUGUUCCACAAAAUGCCAACAGCAGGUGUAAGGCCCAUGUGAGACGAGGGACAGCUUAUUGUCACUUACAGCUAUAUGUGGAAGGACUUAUGGACUAUGAAGAAGCUCUAAAAAUAGAUCCCAGCAAUGAACAAUUAAAAAUAGACGCAGAGAGGAUACGAAAGAUUAUCCAAGGCACUGAAGAAGUAUGACACGUAAUAAGCCUUUCAAGACGAUCAUUUGGGCAUUAACCCUUCAUUCCAGAAUCAGUUUUGCAAACCAUUCCAGUCAAAGAUUCCAGAGGAAAUGAGAUUAUUGAGAACUUUAAAAUGCAGGGAAUCUGAGGCCAAUUGAAUUUCAUUUUUGCCAGUAACAGAAUUCCAUCCAAAAAUAAAACUUUUUAGAGUUUUAAUUUUGCUGAAAUAAUAUAUGUAGAUGUCAGUGAUGUAUAUGUGGCCAAAUAAAAGAUAAGAAAAUUAACAUUUU